AUGGCCGAAAAACUUGUAGCUCCUGCUCCUCCACCUCCUGCCUUUGCCGACAUUGGCAAGGCCGCAAACGACCUCAUCAAUAGAGAUUUCUACCAUGCGACUUCUGCUCUCCUCGAGGUCAAGCUGAAGGCUGCCAACGGCGUUGCUUUCACUACCAAGGGAACAUCACCUCACUCUGGACCCGUCAGCGCCUCGAUUGAGGGAAAGAAAGCACUUUCCAAUGGUAACGAUUCCCAUCUCUCCUCCACUCUACACGUACCUGUUGUACGCCAAAACAGCUUCACUUUCGACUUCGUCUGGUCUUCCGUCCCGGAUAGACGGCAGAAGACGGGAAGAGCGUAUAUCAGAUCCACAACAUACAGAAUGAGACACAAGCUGAUGCAAUCGAAAAAUGCAGGCAUCACCAUCACGGAAUCAUUCAACACUGCUUCGCUCUUGAGCACCAAAGUCGAGCUCGACAACACCAUUACCAAAGGUCUGAAGGCUGAGGCCCUGACCCUUCUUAACCCUUCGAAGGGUGGCAACGCUGGCCAGAAGGUGAACCUCUUCUUUAAGCAGCCGAACUUCCACUUCCGCUCCUUCUUCGACUACACCGCUGCAGGCAAUCUCUCGGCAAUUGUGGACGGUGUGGCUGGCUACGAGGGCUUCCUUGUUGGUGGUGAGGUUGGUUACGACGUCCAAAAGGCUGCUGUCAGCCGGUACUCUGCUGCUCUUGGGUAUAACCAGGGCAACUUCAGUGCCGCUGUGCAAGCUACCCAAAACCUCAGCGUGUUUGCUGCCACCUACUACCAGAAGGUCAACCCCUCGGUUGAGGCCGGUGUGAAGGCAGUAUACGACACUAAAGCUGCCUCUACUGUAGGCAUCGAGCUUGCCAGCAAGUACAAACUUGAUCCUCUAUCUUUUGCCAAGGCCAAGAUCAAUGACCGCGGUAUCGCUGCCCUCUCUUAUAAUACCAAGGUCAACCCCGGUUUCACCUUCGGUGUUGGCGCCUCUGUUGAUACACAAAAACUAAAUGAGUCAACUCACAAGGUUGGUGCCAGUUUCACCUUUGAGGGUUAAGCAAGAUUUGGACACGUCCGCAUCAGCAGCCCACUAGGACUGUCAUCCGUACACCCAAUCUCCUCCGUGGAUGGAUGAAGCUAUCUCACUUGGACCCCCGUUGCUCUGUUCCCUCUCAUGUACUAACAAUCCACUACA